AUGGUAGUGUCGCAGUUCUACAUUUUGUCCCCUCGAGGGGACACCAUCAUCAAUAGAGAUUUCCGAGGAGACGUAUCCAAAGGAAGUGGAGAAAUGUUUUUUCGAAAUGUAAAGCUACACAAGGGAGGAGAUGCACCACCAUUGUUUUAUCUAAAUGGAAUUCAUUUUACCUACUUGAAAUAUAAUAAUCUCUACUUUGUAUUUACUUCCUUGUUUAAUACAUCGCCAAGUUAUAUCUUGGAACUUCUCUAUCGGCUGGUUAAAAUAGUAAAGGAUUUCUGUGGACAUAUAAGUGAGGAAGUGAUCCGCGCGAACUUCAUUUUAAUUUACGAGAUCGUUGAUGAAAUAAUUGACUAUGGAUAUAUUCAGAAUAGCAAUACAGAAAGCAUUCGCCAUUUAAUUCAUAACGAAAUAAGUGCAACGUAUGAUGUUUGUCUGGGUGGUGGGAACGCAGGUGCCUCUUCCAGUGGUAGCAGUAUUACUGCGGGGGGAGUAGCCAGUGCUGUGGGGAAUACCGUUGGAAAUAGUAUAACGAGUAUUAGCAAGAGUACUAAGAAGCUAGCCAACCUUUCUAACUUUAGCAUGAAAAAUUCAAACACAUUACCAUCCAAUGCAUCGCAAAAACCGAUACAAUUAAAUGAAAAAAAAAACGAAAUCUUCAUUGAUAUUGUAGAGAAAAUUAACCUCAUCAUGAAUUUUAAAGGAGAAAUUAUUUACUCCUAUGUUGAUGGGGUUAUUCAAGUUAAAUCUUACCUACAAGGAACCCCCUAUAUCAAAAUCGCUUUAAAUGAAGAUCUCUACAUCAAGAAUCUCCAUUCGGAUAACACCAAUAACGUUAUUAUUGAUGAUUGUAACUUUAACCAUUUGGUUAAUCUGUCUCAGUUCGAACGGGAGAAAAUUCUUUCUCUUUACCAACCGGAUGGGGAAUGCAUCCUCAUGAACUACCGGAUUAACAACAACUUCAAGGCACCCUUCCGCAUCUAUGCGAGUGUCACCUAUGGCCCCAAUCACACGGUCGAGCUCUGCAUCCGUAUCCGUCUGGACAUUCCCUCACAGUACACCUGUACGAACGUGUUCGUUAACUGCAACCUCUGCAAACAUAUAACCAACGUACACCUGGACCAGAGCUGCGCCUCAGACCUUUUUUCAGCGCAGUACAUUGCGAACGAGAACCGCCUUCUGUGGACCAUAAAAAAGUUCAAGGGCGAGAGCGAACACAGCAUACGAUCGAAAAUAACGCUGAGUCCAGGGUACACGUUCUGCAAAAGGGACUUUGGCCCCAUCUACAUGCUCUUCGAGAUACCCAUGUUUAACUUAUCGAAACUCAGAAUCAAGUAUCUACGGAUCAUCGAGAAUUACAAAUCUUCCAACACGCACAGGUGGGUCAGGUACAUCACGCAAUCGUCUUCGUAUGUCUAUCGUCUGCACUGA